AUGACAACAAUCAGCACAGAUGUAAUCCUCUUCGAUCUCGACGGCACCCUCGUCAACUCCACCCUCGCUGUCGAAAACUCCUGGACAAACCAAGUCAACCUCCACAACCAAUCGCAUCCAUCAUCACCCAUUUCCCUCCCGGAAUUACUCCACGUCACCCAUGGUACUCGCACAAUAGACACAUUUAAGAAAUUCUUUCCAGAACUCAAAACUGAUCCGGACAGUAUUGAAGCCUGGGAACGUGAAAUCGUCACGAAUUUCGGCCAUCUCGGCCAUCCCAUCCCCGGCCUGUCCGAAUUCUUACAAGCGUUGAAUCAGGCGGGGUUGAGUGACAGAUGGGGUAUCGUGACGUCGGGAACGACGGAGUUGGCAUAUGCGUGGUAUGAUAAAUUAUUUGGGACUGCUGGUGUGGAAAGACCCGGGGUGUUUGUGACUGCGAAUGAUGUGGGACGGGGGAAGCCUGAUCCGGAGGGAUAUUUGACUGCAUUUGGGAAGAUUCGGGAUGGGUUGGGGAGAGAAGAUAAGUGUGAGGCGAUUGUGUUUGAGGAUGCCCCUACGGGGGUGAAGAGUGGUGUGAACGGUGGGUUUUUGGUUGUGGGGAUUGGGAGUACGUUUCUGAAGGAGGUUUUAGUGAAUGCUGGGGCCAAAUAUGUAGUGGAGGACUUUACAAAAGUGAAGCUAGAAAGAAGUAAAAAUGGGAGGAUUAUUUUAAAGUUGGAUAUUAUGUAG